CGUUUGUGCGUAGCAGAAUUUGGCACAUGAAUGCGCAUUACGCAGCACGUAAACAAAAGCACAUUAUGGUGCCACUCGGACACAGACGGGAGGGAGAAGUGAGCUGUCAUUUCUCUCCUCACAGUCAGUGGACUCUUUUGUCGCGGUUACAGGCAUCAGAAGACGCACGAGGCGCCACCUCCGACAUGGAUUUACUCACUGCUGCUCUCCUGCGCUGCACGCAGGUCUGAGCACAAAUACUUCUCGAACGGCCUCGAGUCCUUGUGUGUCUGCAGUGCCAUGCCGUGCGUCCAGACCCAGUGCGGCUCCUCUCCGCAGGGAGCCAGCCCGGCCUCCCAGUGCGCCGACGGAGAGCGCAACUGCGACUUCCUCACCCCGGAAUUCGUCAAGUUCAGCAUGGAGCUGACCAACAGUGAGAUCUCCGCGAGCACGUCGGCACCGACGUUUGGCCCUUUAGCGGACUCCUACGGCUCCGGUUACGACGUGAAGCCGCCAUGCGUCUUCCAGAUGCCGGUUCAAGGGGAGCUGCCGUGCGUAAAGGUGAAUGCGCGCUACCAACAGAGCCAGCAUCAUCAGUCCGACGACCUGUUAGCGCCAACCGGUUCUGUUUAUUAUUACCGCUCUGCGUCUCCACACGCGCCCAUCCCCUCAACCUUACAAACUCCACACAUCUGGGAAGACUCGGGGUCUUUAUACAGUUUACGUCAAGACUAUUUGGCGGCAGCGCACAGGAAACGCGUUGUCCGAUUCUCGCUGGGGUUUUCCCUCAAGCACGCGCAACACGGCGCCCAGAGUCUGUCCACGUGCCAAAUGAAAUUUAACGGUUCUUUUCAUGUGUCCAUGAACUUGGAUCCGACCGGAGCGCACCAGUCGCUGGACAGUCCGGGGGUUUUGGCCGCCACUCGUUUCGGAAAGCAGCCCGGAAUGGGCUUCCCCCACCCCCUGCAGCUCUCCCACGGCCACCACUUCAUGGACUUCCAGGCUUCUUCUGCUCCCUGCAGCCGAGGAGGAGCGCUGAGUGCGGAGGGUCUGUGCGCCGUGUGCGGGGACAACGCCGCGUGUCAGCACUACGGAGUGCGCACCUGCGAAGGCUGCAAGGGAUUCUUCAAGCGCACUGUUCAGAAAAAUGCCAAAUAUGUCUGCUUGGCCACCAAAAGCUGCCCUGUGGACAAACGCAGGAGGAACCGAUGCCAGUACUGCCGCUUCCAGAAGUGCCUUGCAGUGGGAAUGGUCAAAGAAGUGGUGAGGACAGACAGUCUGAAAGGUCGCCGGGGUCGCCUGCCAUCCAAACCGAAAGCUCCACUCGAUUCGGCAUCACCUGACAGAACUCUCCUCAGCGCCCUCAUCAAGGCGCACGUGGAGUCGAACCCUCCACCAUCUCAUUUUAACUACACCCACUUCAGGGAGAGCCCAGGAAGUCCUCUGAGAGACGAUGUCCAACAUGUCCGGCAGUUUUACGACCUUCUCACCAGAUCGAUGGACGUGAUUCGAGGUUGGGCUCAGAAGAUUCCUGGCUUUACUUCCCUCCUAAAGCAUGACCAGGACCUCCUCUUCUACUCAUCUUUCCUGGAGCUCUUUGUUUUGCGGCUUUCGUACAGAUCCAACCCAGAGGAAGGGAAGCUGAUCUUCUGUGAUGGCUCAGUGUGGCACCGACUGCAAUGCCUGCGGGGUUUUGGAGAGUGGAUCGACAGCAUCGUGGAGUUCUCCGCUAACCUGCAGAGGAUGAACCUGGACAUCCCCACGUUCUCAUGCAUAUGCACCCUCGCCCUAGUAACUGAACGACAUGGACUGAAGGAACCGAAGAAGGUGGAGGAGCUACAGAACAACAUUGUUAAGUGUUUGAAGGACAGCACCAAUGGAGCAUCAUGCUGGUCAAACCAUUUGUCCAGACUUUUGGAAAAACUGCCUGAACUUCGCACUCUGUGCAUUCAAGGCCUGCAGAGGAUUUUCUAUUUGAAGCUGGAGGAUUUGGUGCCACCGCCUGCGACAAUAGAUAAGUUAUUCCUCGACACGUUGCCGUUUUAGGAACAUAAAACCAAACACACAAGGGUUUUUUUUCUGGUUUAAUCCCAGUGGUGAUUAAUGAGGACUGCAUUAAAUGC